GAAGGUACACGGAGAUAAUGUUCAAAGAGUGGUACAUCAAGCACCCAAAAGGGAUUGCCAUGGGAGACGCCGCUGCCUCCUACUCUAAAUUCGAGCUGGGCGUGGCUACAAAGGAGGAACCGUUUUACCUGCUGAUUGCCAUGUUGCCGUGUGAGAAGCUGUGGGGGUGGCUUGCUCAGGAGAUCAAAUCAGGCAUAAAUGACACCAACGUGUACAGUUUCUGGAUACAAGAUAACCUGCCGGGAAGCCAUACACUCGCGAAUUACAUCGACGAGAAUGCCGAGAAUUUUAAAGUGGAUCUAAAGAAGGCCAUGAAGAUCUACAAAGAUGGUAUGCAGUGCGAGGUGGAUUUUUUCACUUCGGGAACAAUCGAGGAGGUAAACUGAAUGGUCUGAACGUUCCAACGUUCCAACUGUGAUGUUGCAACACUCUUAAUUAAUUAAUGCAAAAUUACACAUGAUCGAAACCUACUUGGUGAACGUUAGGCUCCGUCAUUUUUUUGCAAUUCUAUUAAGCGCAAUUGAUACUGGAAUACUCUUUUUUAUAAUGUUUUUUUAGCUCGUGGCAAUUCUAGCAGUUUAUGGCAAUUUUUUGGAAAAUCGCGUUUUAUUCGUAGAAUUUAGUUUUAAGUGGAAUGUUAUCUCUAACAUAUGAUCAUUAAGUAUGUGCGUAUUAAACCUAUGUACAAAAUAAAACCUGGAGGCGUAUUGGUGCGAAUAAAAAAUUAUUAUGUUGAUUGUACACGGUAAAUGGUCUUGGUCAAAAUGCUAAAAAAAUAGAAAGAAAAAAUAGCAACAUGUCACCACCAGCUGACAAUUUGGAGUUUGUGAUUUGUUUUUCCAAAAAUAGUGAUGAUCAGAUAACUGGGUUCGAAUUUUGGAAAUUAUUGCCUCGUCUCUCCAGGCCGUUUAAUCAAACGACUGUUGGAUCAAACGGCACAAUCAAACCUCCCACUACAACCCCCAUUCCGGUGUUGCACAUGUGUUUAUUUAAACCGUUCACGUGGCGACUGCAACCGCACUUUUGACUGGCCACUCCCGAAUCCAUAAGAGCUUGACGAACUGACCAAUCACGGCCUCGACAGUGGUUUGAAAGAGAUCGGUCCAUGCGCGUGAAACGAUUCGACCUGCUUGGAAUGCCACUCCCACAUCUUCUCGCACACAUGUGAACCUCUGUAGCUGCAUUUUGAGGAAUGUUUCCCAAUUUCGGCUUUCAAAAUUUAAAUGCCACAGUAACGAGAAAUGAGG